AUGACCAGUCGAAAGCAGGAACCGUGUAAGGCCCCUCAAGUGGUCCCUUGGCGAUCCAUCGAGAUAUCUUCGUAUCUAAGCUUGCUCAAGUCACAAGAGGAGAUUUGUACCAUCUUCGGCACAAAGCAGUCACUCAUCACCCGGAAAUCGCUCCAUCACCGGAAAUCGAAUUUUCCAGGUAUAAAUAAGACGAGUAUGAAUGAAGACUUCUCUGCUCCACCUCCUCUUGGACCGGAACUGUUUAAUGGAAAAUGGAACGUUCAAGUUAUAGAUGAUGAUGGAAAUAUUACUUUAGAAAAGGUAACUGGGAAGCAAGUCUGGAGCAUGCAGAAACGUCGAGUUAUUGUAAAUUUUAAUAGGAGGGGACAACCAAUAAAAGAUUCAGGAGGAUUAUUAGGUUCUUGGUUAGGUAGUUUGAGCUACGAUCUUAAUAUUCUUCCUAUUAACUACACUGAUUGGAGGAAAGUUCCUAACUAUAGGAAGGAGAUGGCAUGGGCAGUUAUUCAGAAAAAAUUUUGGUUCGAUGAUCCAAUGAAGAGGAAAAAGUAUGUGAUGUCUACUUUAGGAGUCAGAUGCAGGGACUUAAAGCAACGCUUUUGGAAAAUUCAUAAAAGAAAUACUCCAAGAGAAUCAAUUGAAGCUCGACCAACAUUGAUUCCGGAAGAUCAAUGGAUAGAUUUUGUUCAUUCUCGGUUCACAGAUAAAGCCAAGAAACUUAGAGAGGUAAUACGAAAAGUAGAAGCCAUUUAA